AUGGUUUGGGAUGGGGAAGAUGUGAAGGAAGGAGAAGAAGUUAGGGAAGAAGAAGAAGAUUUGGAUAGAGAAGAAGUCAAGGAUAAAGAAGAAGCUAUGGAUGGGGAAGAAGUUAAGGAAGGAGAGAUGAUUAUUAUGGAUGGAGAAGAAGUCAAGCAAGGAGAAGAAGUCAUGGACGGAGAAGAUGUUAUGGAAGGAGAAGAUGGUUUGGAUGGAGAAGAAGUUAAGGAAGGAGAAGAAGUUAGGGAAAAAGAGGAAGUUAAAGAAGGAGAAGAAGUUAAGGAUGGAGAAGAAGUUUGGGAUGGAGAAGAAGAAAUGAAGAAGUUAAGGAAGGAGAAGAAGAAGUUAAAGAUGGGGAAGAAGAAGUUAGGGAAGGAGAAAAAGUUAAGGAUGGUUUGGGAUGGGGAAGAAGUGAAGGAAGGAGAAGAAUUUAGGGAAGAAGAAGAAGCUUUGGAUGGAGAAGAAGUCAAGGAUAAAGAAGAAACUAUGGAUGGGGAAGAAGUUAAGGAGGGAGAGAUGAUUAUUAUGGAUGGAGAAGAAGUCAAGGAAGGAGAAGAAGUCAUGGACGGAGAAGAUGUUAUGGAAGGAGAAGAUGGUUUGGAUGGAGAAGAAGUUAAGGAAGGAGAAGAAGUUAGGGAAAGAGAGGAAAUUUAA